CGAAGCAAGACAAUGACGAAACCAAGAGUCGCUAUCGAGUAUUGCACGCAGUGUAGAUGGAUGCUCAGGGCUGCAUGGUUUGCGCAGGAGCUGCUGACUACGUUCCAAGAUGUGAUUGGAGAAGUUGCCCUCAUACCAGCGAGUGGCGGGCACUUCGUUGUGACCAUCACGCAUGAGGGGAAGGAGUCUUGCAUAUGGAACCGCAAAGAUGAAGGUGGUUUCCCAGAGGCAAAGCAGCUGAAGCAACUUGUUCGCAACAUCAUCAAUCCGGAGCAAGACUUGGGGCAUUCAGACAAGCCAGUGAAGGGAAGAGCAACAGCAGAUGGCUCAGGCGAUGUGAUCAAGACGGGAGGUGAGCAGACGAAGGAAGUAUGCACGGACUGUUGAAGAAGAGCGUCGCAAGGACGAUUUGCGGCGGAUCAUCGCCUUCGCUGAUAUGAAUCGCCAGUGUCUGCUCUGCUACGCAUAUCAGUGUCAUCUAUAUGGAGGAGUCAAGCCCUGCUACCUCUCUAUCAGACGAAACGGCGCUUCAGCCCCCCAACUAUGAGCUGUGCUUGAACUGACAUCCUUUUCGGAUCGGUCUGCUCCAAGGGACAUAGAAGACGCCCUUCUGAAGUAAUGCAGUCAUGACUCGUGUCUUUAUCUUCGCAGCAUAUAUUGUAGAUGCCUCAG